GUGCACUCCACAAUCACACGCCAACCAGAAAGGAUGUGGAAGAGAAAGAAAGAAUGGCUGAUCAAGCCUCCCAAGGAUCACCCUUUGGAGACAAAGUACAGGCCUGUGCUUGAGAGCAUGAUCCCACCAGACCCCAUGAGCAAGUUUAAACUGAAGAGGGGUUGUCCCAAAGAAGAGUUCCCAAGUCUGUCUGGAAACUACACCUGCAUGGCCCGUGUGCUUGAUCUACACAUGUACACACGCCAGUUUAACCGGGCCACUGAGAGCGGAGUCAUCUUUGAUGACAUCAUUCGUCCAGGCCUGGAGGACCCAGGAACAAUUUCAGGGCCCGUGACUGUAGGCUGUUUAGCUGGCGAUGCCCAGUCCUACAUUCUCUUCUGUGACUUUUUUGACCGCAUCAUUGAAGCCUACCACAGCUACAAGGUGCUCGAUCACAUUACGCAAAAGAGUGACUUCAAUUAUGACAACCUCAAGGGAGGUGAUGACUUUGACCUAGCCUAUGCUGUGAGCUGUGAGGUGAGUGCUUCUCGCUGCAUUGAAGAUUUCUCCUUCCCCACACACUGCAGCCGAGGGGAGCGGAGACUGCUCCUGGCAUUGGCUAAAAAGGCUCUGGACCAAUUUAGCGAAGAACUCCCAGGCAAGCUGUACUCAAUGGACGAGCUCAACCAAGAGACAGAAAAUAAAGGGCUCAUUCUGGAUACUCCGCCCACCAUAUUAAUGAAGAUAGGCGUGGCCCGUGAUUGGCCUGAUGCACGGGCAUUGUGGAUGAGUGAGAACGGGAGCCUAGCAGUUUGGGUGAACAUGGAGGACCAUCUGAAACUGGUGUCUUCCAGAAGUGACGCCAACAUCCACGAGGCAUUUGCAUCUGUAUGCAUCAAUCUAAUAAAGAUGGAGGCAAUAUAUAAUAAACUAAGGCACCCAUUUAUCUGGAAGCCUCACUUGGGCUGGGUGGUGAGCUCACCAGCAGAGGUGGGCACCGGUCUGAAGGCCAGCGUCACCAUCAGACUGAUACACCUGCCUGAGCACAAACACCUGGACAACAUCCUGGACAGACUGAGACUUCGCAUGGAGGCGGACAGCUCACAUGGAUGGUACAAAAUAAGCAACCAACAAACUAUUGGACUCACAGAAGUGGAGUUUACGCAGCUCGUGGUGGACGGGGUUAAACUUCUCAUCAGGAUUGAGAAGAGACUGGAGGACAACGCAGGCAUUGAUGACCUGGUGCCUGCACAGAAGUAGAGUCAUGACCCAGCUACAGGACAUGUUUUACAGAGUACACGUGAUGGUUUGCUGUACUUGGAGAGCUUGCGCAAAGCUCUGCAUAGUUAAGUCGUAUUGAAACAACGUUCCGGAAAAGAGUUUUGUUAUUUCAUUUGAUGUGAUGUGAAAUGCACUGAUCCACUGUAUGUACAGGCUAUGAAAUAAAAUACAUUACAGUACUGUUUAAUUAUCAAAUGCUCAGAAGCAGUUAAUUGUUUUUCUAGAACAGCAGCUCUGACAGUAGGGUUAUGUUAAUGGGCUUAGUUCAACACAUUUUUCUUUAUAUAGUAACACCUUGCAAAGGGAUUUACACCAGAUGGUCCACAUAAUCUAAUCAUUAUUACGUUUGCAUUUUUAUUUAAAAACAAAAAACAAACAUCGCUCGUAUGAAUAUUUCUCUAAGGACAUAUCCAUUGCGUUUCAGUGCUUUAAGGUGAAAAUAUUCCUGCCAAGUUUUCCACUAUGAGAGAGUAUUCAGUACAGAUGGCUUUGUGCUUUACAGUUUCUAUGUAACGUGACAAACUGCAUUUGUUUAUCAUAUCAACUUUGUGAGAGGCGAUGAGACAGAAUGAUUGUAAUUUGUUUUAUGGAUGUUCCACAACCUUAAAUGUAACUACAAACAGAUACAAACUGAUGUUUGUUCUUAAUGAAUAAAAUGUUCUUCGUCACACCACAAUACAUCAUU